AUGUCCAAAGAACAGGCGGUCAAGCUCAAGGACGAAGGCAACGCCUUCUUGAAAGAUCAGAAGUAUUCACAGGCCAUCGAGAGCUACACAAAGGCCAUCGAUUUGGACUCUCAGAACCCAAUAUUCUAUUCUAACAGAGCCCAAGUCCACAUCAAGUUGGAAGAAUAUGGUCUGGCUAUUGCCGACUGCGAUGCUGCAUUGGCGGUGGACCCAAACUUUGUCAAGGCGUAUUAUCGUAAAGGCGUGUCGUUGAUGGCGUUGUUGAAUUAUAAGGAGGCGCAAAAUAACUUCAAGAUUAUCUUGAAGAAGCUUCCCAAUGACCGGUUAACGUUGGAGAACUACAAGGCGUGCGUCAACUAUUUGAAGAAGGAAGCAUUUGAGCGUGCCAUUGCUGGGGACGAAAAGACGUCGAUCAUUGCUACAUUGGACUACGACGGCAUGCUUUUGGAGAAGUCAUGGCAGGGUCCAGAUCUAGAUAUCGAGGUCACCAAAAAGGGCAAAGACAUGACGAUCGAAAUUGGCGGUUUGGACCAAAACUACUUGAAGAAGAUGAUUGGGUUGUUCAAGGAAGGUGGGAAGUUGCCCAAACGUCACGUCUUCGCCAUCAUCGCGAAGGUGUACCAGAUUCUCAAGUCCGAGAACACUAUGGUGGAGUUGCAGAUGCCACACUCCAAACUCCAGCACGAAUUGACGCUGCACGAGGUUGCCGUUUCUGGAAAGAAAUUCACCGUGGUGGGUGAUACUCACGGCCAGUUCUACGAUGUGUUGAACCUUUUUGCCAAAUUCGGCCAUGUAUCUGACGAUCAUGUAUAUUUGUUCAAUGGAGAUUUUGUGGAUAGAGGUUCUUGGUCGUGUGAGGUGGCAUUGUAUCUCUACGUGCUCAAGAUUCUCUACCCUAAGUCGAUUUACAUCAACAGAGGAAACCACGAGACCAAUGACAUGAACAAGACCUAUGGUUUCACUGACGAAUGCGAGGCCAAGUACUCCAGAAAGGUAUUUGAGGCUUUUGCUGAGUCUUUUGGCGCUCUUCCGUUGGCAACGCUAAUCAACGGGUCCUACUUGGUAAUGCAUGGAGGCUUGUUCUCGAACGAUAAUGUCACGUUGGAGGAUAUCCGAAGUAUCAACAGGUUCCCACUGUCGGGUCUGUCGCAGCCUGCUCGUGAUGGUAUUGCUAUGGAGCUCUUGUGGACAGAUCCACAGCCCGAGAAUGGCCGGUCGCCAUCCAAGAGAGGCUUGGGUAUUCAGUUCGGUCCCGACAUCACUGAAAGAUUCUGUUUGUCCAAUAAGAUUCGCAAGGUUUUGAGAUCACAUGAGGUGAGAAUGGGUGGAGUGGAGGUGGAGCACAAUGGACGACUCAUCACUGUGUUUAGUGCUCCCAACUACUGUGAUGCCACUGGUAACAUGGGUGGAGUGGUUCACAUUGAAGAAAAUGGCGAUUACGACGCUGGAAAGGAUGAUGGCGAAGGUUACAGAGACGCAGAGGAAAAGAACUGUCCAUGGAAGCUUCAGACCGAAACGUUCGAGGCCGUGAAGCAUCCAGACUUGAAGCCCAUGGCCUACUCCAAGAGUGGCAAUACCGCUAUGACAGAUAUUGACGACGAGCCUGAUGAAUGGGAUCAGCGUAUCAUAAACACUGGCUGCUACGAAGAAAACCUAGCAUUGCAACUCUGCCAUGCAGACAAAGGUGAUUGGAGAAAGUGUUUAGGCGAGAUGGCAGCUUUCCGCAAGUGCUGGGAACAAAACAAAAAUAACGAACGAACUCUGACCGUUGAAAAUCACGAAAGGGAGCUCUAG